CCAUUACAUUAUAACAUCACGCUCCCCGUCUCAAUCUGUCUCAACGUCUACCAGAAUUCAGAUUUGAACAUCAUAAACAAUCCUGUCUGUUCUGAUGGCCAGAAGCCUUACACACUGCUCUUCAGUGCUUUUAAUUGUCGCGGCAUAAAUCCUAUCAUUAUAGAAUCUUACAGGAAUGGAGCUAACGGUAUCUGGCUAUAAGAACAAGGCAGUAAGGUACCAAUAGAAACAUGGCCUCUCAUGUUCAAAUGUGCUGGCUCUAAAGAUGAGGCAUUUUCUAGUCUCUAUGAAACCAAGGGUUUGCAUGUCUUGCACAAAAGCCGCAUGCGAAUCAUGGUGUUACCGAUCAUCAAUCACGAUGAAGCGGGUCUUGCCUUCGACCCUCCUUCGCUCGGGGUUCUCGGCCCGCAAGUGAAUAAGCUUCGUGCGACAGUGUGUCUUUGGUCCUCUACUCGCGAAUACGCCAAUGCUAUUCGUCUCGUACGUCCGCUUAAAUGCCCUAAAUAUCAAAAUAUAUACAUGCCUCUUUUUACACAGCGAGAAUGUCGUAGUAAACAUGUCCUCUCUGAUGGUAUUAGAAUGGACACAACGCUUUUUGAUCCUGCUGAAGAUUUCGAGGAGUGGUCCAUUUUGUUGACAUGUGCCAACUAUGACUACGGAGUAGCGAAUAGAAAUCCAGUGAUCAGCGCAGUACAAGAACUAACAACUCGAGAUGGAAAUGAAGAAACAAUCGCCUUAGAGCCACUCGGUAAAAGUAUUGCAGAGACUACAGCAUACCAAAUAUCGGCUGAUUUGCACAAUGCGACUCUGGCACUAACUAACACAUUAAUUCCACAAAUCUUCCAUAUUCCCCUCUCAAUCUGUCUCUCAUCCACGGCAGAUACCCAGUACUUUUCCUCCCUCCUCAGUAUUUUCACUCCACCUACAUGUCCUCCAGAACUACCGAAUCUAGCCACAUUGUUAUAUGCAGAGCCUGGCUGUAAAGGUAGUGUCGAAUAUAUUCCCACUGCAUCCAGCUACCCGCAUUACAAACCGCUGUUUACUCGGAACGUGACACCACAACAGGUCAAAGGGUGGUCAUUGGGGUUUCUUUGCCACGGGAAAGAGCCUCUCACUUAUAAAUAUUCGGAGAUGGAAACAAAGAUGGAGUUGGUGAUUGAAGGGAAGGGGCCUGGGGAUGCUGUGGUGAAAGUUGUGCAGGUUGAGUCGGAGCCUGGAGCUGCGAAGAUAGGAAAUGAGGGAUUAAUGCAAGCUGUUGAUCAUGAGUCUGAUUUAAAGACUUCUGAAUCUGAAGAUGGUGGAAAGGGACAAGAAGACACUGCGCAAAAGGUACUGCAACCACGAGAGGCUUCUGCUCCUUAAUUGGGGGUAAAUCUUAAAGAAACUUACAAUUCCCAAAUAUCCACUACUUCUCAAAAUUCCCCAUAUGAAAUGGGAUUACACUUUUUACCACGUACUUUAUAGUCUCAUUAUUGUUUAUCUUUUUCCUUGUCACAUGGUAUAAUUUUCUUUUAGCAGGGAGAGAUUAUUUCACUGAAAUUUUAUAUGUUUUCUCUCUUUUAUAUUUCCUAUUAUCUCUUUU